CACAACAACAGUUAUUAUUGUACGGUACAAGAAAUCCUCAUUAUAUUAACAUGUUUUUAGUUAAUUGUGUACUUAAUAAAAAUAUAUCGUAAAAUGUCUACAAUUAAUGAUUCAGUUCAUGAAUUAAGGGAGGACAUCCCUUUAAAGUCUGGUUCAAGAUCAACAAGUUGGUGUUUUUGUAGUGAGGAUUGUCUGGGUGGUUCUAGAUUCAUCAAUUUUGCAUUUGGUACUUUGACAGUGGUAAUAACUUUCGCCCUCUUAAUACAAAUUUAUUAUGGGGAUUAUCAGGUUAUUCCCCAUGGAAGUGUGGCCACUGACAACUUUAACUGUUCCAAAAUAGGAACAUACAUUCUUAAAGAAAAAGGCAAUGCUGUAGAUGCUGCCAUAGCAAGUGCUGUAUGUUUAGCUGUUACAAAUCCACAUCUCACUGGACUGGAUGCAGAAGGACAAAUUUUAAUCUAUAAUCACAGAACACGAAUUGCUCCUACUUUUAUUGAUUUUAGUGGAAUAAAUGUUGUUUCUGAACAUUUGCCUCGAUUGGUUCUUGGUUUGGCUUAUUUACACCAGAUUUAUGGCAGUUUAGAGUGGAAAAAAUUAAUAACACCUUCUGUUGAGUUAGCAAAAAAUGGAUUUCUGGUACAAAAAUCAUUGGCACAAGCAAUAAAAACAGCCAAAGCUGAGGAUAUAUUUGGUUUUUUGGAAACUGGAAAUGCUCUUGUGUUGGAAAAAUUGGGAAAUACUUUGAAAACUAUUGCAAAUAUUCCGGAAAAUGAGCUCUAUAGUUACAUCACAUUAACUAAUAAACCAAAUCUGGCUCAAAGUAUUAAGACUGUAUUUAACAAUUAUGAUAUUUAUGUCCCUGGAAGUUCUUCAAUUGGUCCAUCUUUAAUUAAAAACCUUGAAAAAAUAGAAAAUUUAGAACACUCUGGAGUAAGUAGUGCUGAAUAUAUAUACAGGGUAGCUGAUAUUACGGAAAAUAGUUACAAUGACUUAAAUAUUACAACUAAUUUCCACCUGGGAACAUCUUCCAAUGUUGCUGUUAUGGAUUUGGAUGAAAAUUACGUAUCUCUUAUAACGGGUAUGUAUGCCAUGUUUGGUUCAGGAGAACUUACAUCAGCUGGGUAUUUUCUUGAUGAUCACAACAAGGGAAUACCAAUAAGAAGUAGAGUACCAAUAAUACUUACCGAUGGUGAGGUGAUUUGCGGUAAACGUAUGGUAUUUGGAGCUAACGAUUUAGCAGUUGCAACGCAGCUUAUCACUUUAGCUGUUCAAAACCAAAACGCAACUGAAAUUAUAGAGCAGGCCAGAUUCCAUAUUUUACCAAAUGGAAAAUUAGGAAUAGAAGGUUUUACAGCAGCUGCCUUCAGCGACGAAGUUUUAAUGUAUCUUAAUACAUUGUCUCAGCCUGUUACACUUUUUGAGCCCUACAGUAGCAGUAAUAUUGUGGAAAAAAUUAAAGAUGAUCUUACAUCUCACUCUGAUAGUAGAGGUGGGGGAAUUGCUAGCAGAUUUUAAAAGUAUAUUUUUUAAUAAAUAGAUUCUAAAGGUAUAUUUAUCUUUUUUACUUAGGCUGUGACUAAUACUAAGUAGGAGAAUUAUUAAUUUAUUGUAUAUUUAACCAAUUAUGUAACGUAAUUUACGUUGUUAUAUUUUAAACACCCAUUAUUAUAUAAAUCAAUAAAACUCUUUUCCUAAUGUUUUUAAUAAAAAAGUGCAUAUACAUUUUUAGGUUAAAGCAAUACAUAAAUAACAGAGAGAGAAUAUACAUAAAUCUAUCACUUUUAACUUUAAAGUUUAUCACUAAGUUAUGGCUAGAGUUUUCUAGCAAUGAAUAAUUUAAUCAUAAUCAAUGGAACAAUAUAGAUUUCAAUGACUAGUGGUUAUAUGUGUAUUAUUUUGUGUUUUAUGGUGAUAAAUUUUGUGAAUUAUGCUCAAAUCAUUCAUUGUUUUGAUGAAAAUUAUUACUAUGAUAAAAUUAAGUGCACGUAAAAAAUAAUUUUGAACAUUUUAUGCAUUGUACAAAUUUUAUUAACAAAAUACGUCAACGUUAAAUUAUAAUAUCUUUAAAGUACUUGGUUUAAACUCACAAACAAAAACCAAUAGAUAAAACAACAUAUCUUCUAUAAUAAGAGAUGGUUUACGUUAUAGACCAAUAUUUUAAACAAAAAUAUAAUUUAGAAAAAUUGUUAAAAUAAAAUCCAUUCAGGUUAACCUAACAAAAGAUUUAAAAAAGUAGAGUAUGAUUCAAUAGUUUUACACUAUUUUAAGUCUGAUUAUUAUAUGAAGAACAUUUUAAAACAAUCAGUCUUCAUAAAUGAGAUUUUAAUUUAAAGCUUAUUUUUAGAUAUUUGGUAUUUGAUACAGAUUUUUUUUAUCAUUAUAUUUAUUAUUGUAUCCACUAAGGUCCAGUAAACUUUUAGUGACAGUCUAAGUGGCAAGACUGGAUAUUUUGCAGUUUUUCAAACUAUUCAAAUUUGAGAAUUAUCGAAAAAUCAACCUUUCCAGUUAAUAUCAUUUAUUUAAGUGAAAAAGAUAUUCACACUUUAGCGUGUUUAUUGAAAUAUAUUUGGAUAACGCUUAUCGAAAAGGAACCAAAAAAUUUUUGAAGGCUUAGUAAAAUUAUUUGUAAAAUAACUUAUUUUUAAUAAUGCUCAAAAGGUUGUUCAUCAUUUGGUUCCCAAAUCAUUAUUAUUUUUUUGAGCAGCAUUAAAAAUGAGUUAUUUUGUUUACCCCAGAAAAAGUUUUUGGCGCUUGGUUCCUUUUCGAUAAACGUUAUCCACUUAACCGUUUGUACAUUCUUUUGAAAACCAAUGUUUAAACUUUGGUUACAUAUUAAUUUAAUUUGUUGAAUUUAAAAUAAUCUCAUUGGUUGGGUUUAAAUAGGUAGUCAUAAUUUUAAUAAUGAAAAGGUUUUAAACUAAUUAGUUAACACAUUUAAAUAUCCAAUAAAAAUUGUUUGUAAAUACAGGUAUAAAUGAUUGAAUCAUCUCAAAUAAAAACACACUCUAUAAAACAAAAAUUAAACUUCAUAUCUAAGACUGCAGGCUGCUGCAACUCUGCGAAUCUUUGAUUAAGGGCGGCGCCGAUUCUCGUCUGCCGUCGGCAACGAUCGCCGGUUUGUCGUGUCUGAUCGGCACGCUCUCGCGCCUCGCCUCGCUGAUGUGCGAGAUGAAGGUGGGGUUCACGUUCGGCAACUGGUUCGGCGGAUACGCGAAGUGGGUGAACUCUUUCUUGUUGGCCACCUCUUUGAUGGAACUCAGCGUCUUGCUCAACCAGGGCGGCCAACUGUUUUUGGCCGUGUUUAGCUCCAACUCGGUGGCACGGAGUUGGUGGGUCAGAUUCU